GACACCGGGAGGACCUGGGGGAAAUCGUCGGGACAUGGAGCGGGAACGGCCCCACGGCCAGAAGAGGGGGCAGCAGAGCCCCCCUCCCCCCUCCCGCACAAUCACCAUCAAAGGGACAAAACCCACGCUGGGACCCCUCUGCAGCCCCCCCAUGUCUGUCCCGGUGACCUCGGGCAGGUGCCCACCCCACACCCGAAAGCCAUCUCUCUGUGGGGCAGUGCGGUGCCGCUGAGGCUGUGCCAUGGAAUCGCACGUGUGGCACUGCAGGGUCACACACACAGCACGGCACACGUGUGUGUUUGGGACGUGCGUGCAGCUCUGUGCCCCCACGGUGCCCCCUUUCCACCCCCCCACUGCCCCGGGUAAGGUUACACAUCCCUUGGUGGGCAUCAAUAAUUCAGCAGCAUCGCUCGCUCUGCUCAUCCCCAUCCGUGCCCAAGCACAGCAGGGGUCCCACUGAGCCUGGGGGUCCCAGUGUGGAUGAAGCAGAGUUGGGGUGGUCCCAGAGAAUCAUCCCAUCCCCAGCUGAAGCUGCUUCCCUGGUGCCAUCCUGGCUCUGCAGCUGCGUUGGCACUGACAAUGGCACACUUGUGCGAGGCCCCGCGCCGCCUCCAGGGCAGUCCCUGUGUGUGGGGUGGGCAAGCAGUGCCCCCAUAUAGGAUCUGCCCCUCCACCCCUUCUGGCUGUCAGCCCGGCGCCGUCCUGCAUCCACAGUGCUGCCUUUCAGCAUGUUGGCAGCAUGGGAGAUGAGUUUGUUGGGUCUCAGCCGGGCUGCUGGGGGGGACCUGCUGGGCUCUGGGGUGGAGAUCACGGAGCUGGGUGCAUCCAGGGGGUUGGGACGGGGCCUGGUGCGAUUCCCAGUGCGUGUCCUGGUGCAGGUAGCAGUGCAGGUCCUGAUGGGGGUCCUGGUGUACGUCCCAGUGUUUGUCCCAGUGUACAUCCUGGUGCAGGUCUUGGUGCAUGUCCCAGUGCAUGUCCAGGUGCAUGGCUGGCAUUUCCUGUUUUUUGGGGCCCAGCACUGCCUGCUGUGCGCAGGAUUUCCUGUGCCCCAAGACCUUCCCUGCCCUGGGGCAAAACGGCAGCAGUGACGUCCCUGCUCAGUUGCAGGAGGGGAAACUGAGGCACGGAGGUGGCUGGGAGCUGACAGCGGGCAGUGGCACCCGCUGGCUCCAUGGGACCUCAUCCUGCCCCACAGCCGGGCUGGGAUGUGUGGGGUCCCCGUGCACCCCAAUGGGGAUGCUGAGCAGGGGGACGCCAAUCCCCCCCUGUCACGGCCACCCCAGAGCAGGACAGGCGCUGUGUCCCAGCUGGGGGGGGGGGACAAAGGGACCCUGGGGACCGUCCCCAUCCUUACGCAUCGCCGCCGCACGGGGCCUCCCCACGUUUCCAUGGAGACCGGCUGCUUUUUCGCUCCCCCCAUUUUUGCUGCCGUUUCCCGGCGCUGCGGUCGCAUUGGAUCCCGGCGCCGCUGUGGGGCUGCGGGCAGAGACAAGCUUUUUGGGAAGCGGCUGCUCCAAGCCGGGCGCUACAUCAUGUCCCACAAAGCCUGGAUGAAGACGGUGCCCACCGAGAACUGCGAUGUGCUCAUGACCUUCCCAGACACCACGGACGACCACACGCUGCUCUGGCUGCUGAACCACAUCCGCCUCGGCAUCCCCGAGCUCAUCGUGCAGGUGCGGCACCACAAGCACACCCGCGCCUACGCCUUCUUCGUCACAGCCACCUACGAGAGUUUGCUGCGUGGGGCCGAUGAGAUCGGGCUGCGGAAACCGGUGAAGGCCGAGUUUGGGGGCGGCAUGAGGAGCUUCUCCUGCGAGGAGGAUUACAUCUAUGAGAACAUCGAGAAUGAGCUUUACUUCUUCACCUCUCAGGAACGGCAAAACAUCAUCAGGUAUUGGCUGGAGAACCUGCGGGCCAAGCAGGGCGAAGCGCUGCACAACAUCCACUUCCUGGAGGGACAGCCCAUCAUCCCAGAGCUGGCGGCCCGCGGCGUCAUCCAGCAGGUCUUCCCACUGCACGAGCAGAGGAUCCUCAAACGGCUGAUGAAGUCGUGGGUGCAGGCGAUCUGCGAGGCGCAGCCACUCGAUGAGAUCUGUGACUACUUCGGGGUGAAGAUUGCCAUGUACUUCGCCUGGCUCGGCUUCUACACCUCGGCCAUGGUGUACCCUGCUGUGUUUGGCUCCAUCCUCUACACUUUCACCGAGAGCGACCAGACCAGCCAGGACAUCUGCUGUGUGGUGUUUGCCAUCUUCAACGUUGUCUGGGCCACGCUCUUCCUGGAGGAGUGGAAGCGCCGCGGGGCAGAGUUUGCCUACAAGUGGGGGACGCUGGACACCCCAGCAGAGUCCAUCGAGGAGCCCAGGCCCCAAUUCAGAGGGGUGAAGAGGAUCAGCCCUGUGACCAGCGCCGAGGAGUUCUACUACCCGCCCUGGAAGCGGCUGCUGUUCCAGUGCCUGGUCAGCCUGCCUGUCUGCCUCGCCUGCCUCUCCUUCGUCUUCCUCAUCAUGCUGGGCUGCUUCCAGCUUCAGGAGCUCGUGCUGAGCAUCAAGGAGCUGCCCCGCAUCCUCCGCUUCCUGCCCAAAAUCGUGCUGGCCGUCAUUGUCACGACCUGCGACGAGGUUUACAAGAAGAUUGCCUACUGGCUGAAUGAUAUGGAAAACUACCGCCUGCAGAGUGCCUACGAGAAACACCUCAUCAUCAAAAUCGUCCUGUUUCAGUUUGUAAAUUCAUACCUAAGUCUUUUCUACAUUGGUUUCUACCUCAAAGACAUGGAACGGCUGAAGGAGCUCCUGCUCAUCUUCUCUCUGUCCCAAAGCCUCGUGCGCCAGCUCAAAGAGGCGCUCCUCCCCUUCAUCCUCCUCCACCUCCACCUCUCCCUCAUCUUCCUUAAGGGCCUCCUGGGCUUUUGCUGGAGACUGGGAGUAUCCAAAAUGCUGGCCACGCUGCUCAUCACACGGCAGUUCCUGCAGAACGUCAAGGAGGUGUCGCAGCCCCACCUGUACCGCCGCCUGCGCCGGGGGGAGCUCAGCCUGCGCAACCUCCGUGAGCUGUCCCACACCAUCCUUCGCCUGCUCGCCCAACCCCGCGCACCCCCGGCUGCCGGAGCCGCACACGAGGGGCCGCGGGGGGAGAAGAAGUGUCUGAAUGGGGGUUGUGGGGUGCCCGAGGAGGAGGAGGAGGAGGAAGAGCGUCGGGAGUCAGAUUCGGAGGAUGAGAGCGCGCUGGACUGUGGGCUGAAGCUGAAGAAGGUGAGCUUCAUCGAGAAGGCGGAGCGGCGCGGCACCGAGCCCUGCGGCACCGAGGAGGAGAGCUUCCUGGAGGAGGGCAGCCCCACCAUGGUGGAGAAGGGCAUGGACCCCGCCUCCGUCUUCGAGCUGGCUGAUGAUGAGGAGGAUGCUGAAGGCCCCUCGGGCAGCCCGGCCAAAGCAGCCGUGCCGGCCACAGGCCCACGGGUCACGAGGAGGAGGAGGGAGGAAGAUGAGGGUGAGGAGGAAGGGCGCAGGCAGAACCGGGCGUCAUGGAUCGAUCCGCCCGAGGAGGACUACUCGACACAGCUGACGCAGGCAGAGGUGGAGAGCUGCAUGAAGAAGUACGAGGACACCUUCCAGGACUACCAGGAGAUGUUCAUCCAGUUUGGCUACGUGGUGCUCUUCUCCUCUGCCUUCCCGUUGGCCGCCAUGUGCGCGCUGGUCAACAACAUCAUUGAGAUUCGCAGCGAUGCCUUCAAACUGUGCACGGGGCUGCAGCGACCCUUUGGGCAGCGGGUGGAGAGCAUCGGGCAGUGGCAGAAGGUGAUGGAGGCCAUGGGCGUGCUGGCCAUCGUGGUCAACUGCUACCUGAUCGCGCAGUGUGGGCAGCUGCAGCGGCUCUUCCCUUGGCUCAGCCCCGAGGGAGCCAUCAUCUCGGUGGUGGUGCUGGAGCACUUCGCCCUGCUGCUGAAGUAUGUCAUCCAAGUGGCCAUCCCUGACAUCCCCGCGUGGGUGGCUGAGGAGAUGGCCAAGCUGGAGUACCAGCGCCGCGAGGCCUUCAAGCACGAGCGCCAGGCCCAGCACCACUUCCAGCAGCAGCAGCGGCGCAAGCGGGAGGAGGAGGAGCGGCAGCGGCACGCCGAGUACCAGGCGCGCAAGGAGCGCGAGGCCAACCGCGACGAGGCCAAGGCCGAGGCAGCCGGGCAGGACCCGGCCCACGAUAAGAGCCAGAGCAAAGGGAAGGGCUCCGGGGGGUCCUCUGCGCACGGCUCCGACAAGCCCAAGCGGCCCAGCUCGCUGCUGGCCACCAAUAACGUCAUGAAGCUGAAGCAGAUCAUCCCUCUGCAGGGCAAAUUCCUCUCCGGGGGGACCGGGGCAGGCAGCACAGCCGCCAGGUCCCCCCAGUCCCCCACCAGCAGCGAUAACAAACUCCCCGGCUUCCUCAGCUUCAAGUUCCUGAAAUCCCCCGAAACCAAGAGGGACGCGGCCACCGAAAAGGUGCAGUCGCCCACCAAGCCAUUCAACCCCGGCAAGCUCUUCAACUUCGGCAAGUCCGAAGGGACCGGCGGCAAUGGGGCCACCGCCUCCCCCCAGCCCCGUGCUGGCCCCUCUGCAGAUGGGGGUGAGCGGCCGGGCCCCAGCAAGUCCCACCUCAAUGGGGCUCCAGAGGAUGGAGCCCGCGAGGAGCCGGAGCCACGAGCAGAGGAGGAGAGCGGGGGUUACAGACUCUGAGCCAGGCACGCCGGCCCCAUCCCGGCCCCUCCAUCGCAGCCCCUCUGCUGGGACCCCAUCACAACCCCGUGGAGGCCCGGCGGUGCCCUCGGAUGGAGCAUCCCGUCCUGCACCACCAACGGGCAAUGCUCCGUGCCCGCCAUCUCCAGGAGGUCAUCCAAGGAGGAUUCGGUGUCCCCAGACCCACAGAGCUCCAAGGGGCGCAGCUUGGGGCCACAGCUCCACUCCAGAGGGACAGACGGCAGUGAGGAGCCCCGUUCACCCGUGCCUACAGCCACGGCUGCGUCCCGCUGCACCACGGGGCAGUGAGCUGCCCAGAAACGGCCGGGAGGGAGGGGGUGAGCAGCAAGCGCCGGCUGCUGCGCCCCCAAGGCACGGGGAGCAUUUCUUGCACUAAAACCCAAACAAAACCCAAUGCGAGCGACUCUGCCAUUUUUCAUGCAAUGGCUGCAGGCGGCGGAGAUGAGAGCUGGGAGCACCCAGGACCUGCAACGCUCCCUCACCCUCUCUGCUUUCCUAUUUCGUGGAAUUACUUUGCAAUAAGGCACUCGCACAUGGACGCACGCUGGAGCCUGGCAGGAAGAUGGGGUGGGAGGGUGGGGGCACAUGAUGGGGGGAUGGGAGCAGCUUUGCUUCUGGCGAGCUGGAGGAUUCGCUGGGUGUAGUGUUAGUGCUUUGGCAGCCCCCAGCCCAGAGGGGAAGGGGCUGCCCAUGGCUCUGCUGGGUGCUGCUUCGCUUAAGGGCAUAGGAAAGGGCAGCUCCUUGCCCUCAGCCCUGCUCAACGCCCCCACCGAGCCACCCACCAUCUCCAAAGCAAACAGGGGGAAAGGAGGGCUAUGGGGCAGCCGCCCCAUCACUGUGCCUGGCCCAAGGCCUGGGCUGCAGAAACGUCAGGUUGUUCCCCCCCCCCAUCUCCCCUCAACACGGUGUGUUUCUUCCUUUCAUCUCUGAAUCAAGCCAUCAAUACAGCAAUAAGGCUGGGGCAGCACCGAGGCUCUGCGCUCUGCUCACUGCGCAGCAUGGCCAGGGCUGUGCCGCACCGCUGUGCUCCCCGUGCCAAGCCCCGAGAGGCACAGAGAGCAGAGCAGCCCCCCACCACCACACAGAACCAGGCACCACGUUACCUCCCCCCUCCCUGCUGCCCCCACAGAGGAUUUCCGGGGUGAGAGCAGGGGAGAAGGGGAACAGGCAAACAGGGUGCAGGACGGGCAGCAGCGCUUGGCAGGGCAGCACCCAGAGCACAGAGCUGGGGUACCGGUGACCCCACUGCUGCUGUGCCCUGGAUGUCAGGGGGUGCAGAGCCCCCCCACCCCCCAAUUUCCCCACUCACCAUUUCGUUUGCUCUGCUUCCUCCCAGCUUGGGCUCACCAGGCCAGCUCUCGCUCAGCUCUCAGUUAAAACGCGCUGCUCUUAAACUGAGUUUUGUUUGCCCCGUUUCCCUCGUGGCAGUAACAGUCCUGGCACGACCCAUUCCUGCUCCGUUCAGCAGAGGACAGGGCCCCGCAUCCAGGGCACUUCUCAACGUUUCUCUAUACAAAACACUUCUUCAGCAGCCGCCUGUCUGCUAUCUGACUUCUGGGCAGUUACUGUACAAAGGAGGGAACUGUUUCUUUGUUUUUUCCCCUUGCUGCGUGCUACUUCUUUGGCAACUGAAAGAAAUGAAGGGGGGGUUAUUUAUUUCUUUUUAAUUUAUUGUCAUAUUUUUGUAAAACCUGCAGAAAUGCAAUAAAAGUAUAUUUCAACAAA